GUCACUUUCUACCAGACUAUUUUAACUUGCUCAUGCUUGCCAUCUGUGAUCUGGAUAAAUUGAGUGAUUUUUUUUUUUAUAGUAGUAAUGCCCUUGGGGACCACGGCCCUGCAAGCCUGGUCAAGUUUUCUAAAUAUUGUGAAAUCUAGGCUACUUCCUGGGAAUGUCUUUUUUUUCUCUUUCUCUUUUUGUGAGAGGUGUGUCUACUUGUGAAAUAUUUGUUUGUGGUGUAACCCAUACCUAAGUGACAUCCUAGACCUACACCCAGUGUGUCCCAUACCUAAGUGACACUAUAGACCUAUGCCCAGCGCUUCUAAAAGGGAAAGAAACAAUGUUAAACCAAAGCAGGAUCCUUCUAAAAGGAGGGAGAAUUGUGAACGAGGAUUGCUCCAUUAUCAGCGAUGUCUACAUUGAAGACGGACUAAUUAAAGAAGUCGGAUUAAACAUCCAAAUCCCGGCUGGAGUUACCGUUAUAGAUGCCACAGAUAAACUGGUGAUACCGGGUGGUAUCGAUACCCAUACCCACAUGGAGUUGGCAUUUAUGGGCACCAAAGCAGUAGAUGAUUUCCAUAUUGGAACUAAGGCUGCCCUGGCAGGAGGGACCACCAUGAUCCUAGACUUUGUGAUCCCCCAGAGAGGCACGUCUCUGCUGGAGGCCUAUGAUAGGUGGAGGGUCACGGCUGAUGCCAAGGUCUGCUGCGACUACUCCCUCCAUGUGGCAGUCACAUGGUGGAGCGACAAGGUCAAAAAGGAAAUGGAGACUUUGGCCAAAGAGAAAGGUGUCAACUCCUUCAAGAUGUUCAUGGCAUACAAGGAUGUGUUCAUGCUUCAAGACCAUGAGCUGUAUGCUGCGUUUUCCCAAUGCAAAGAGAUUGGAGCCAUAGCCCAGGUGCACGCAGAGAAUGGAGACCUUAUUGCAGAGGGGGCUAAGAAGAUGCUGUCCCUGGGCAUCACAGGGCCGGAGGGUCAUGAGUUGUGUCGUCCUGAGGAGGUGGAGGCUGAAGCCACCCAGAGAGCCAUCACCAUCGCCCACGCUGUCAACUGCCCGCUCUAUGUUGUCCACGUCAUGAGCAAGUCUGCUGCUAAGGUGGUGUCCAACGCACGCAGAAAUGGCCGUGUGGUGUUUGGAGAGCCCAUAGCAGCAGGACUGGGUACAGAUGGCACCCACUGCUGGCACAAAGACUGGGCCCACGCUGCCAAGUUCGUCAUGGGCCCACCUCUGAGGCCCGACCCCAGCACCCCGGGUUACCUUAUGGACCUACUGGCAAAUGUUACCAACCAGCCAGGAACACAGGAACUGGGAAGGUGGACAACAGUGGAAAACACAGUGGAAUCUUUGAAAAAGCAAGGAAAUGAUGACCUCAGCGUGACUGGGACAGACAACUGCACAUUCUCUGUGUGUCAGAAAGCCCUGGGCAAAGACGACUUUACAAAGAUCCCCAAUGGAGUCAACGGAGUGGAGGACAGGAUGUCUGUCAUUUGGGAGAAGGGCGUUCAUAGCGGGAAAAUGGACGAGAAUCGAUUCGUAGCUGUCACCAGCAGCAAUGCAGCAAAAAUCUUCAACUUCUACCCCCAGAAGGGAAAGAUCGCUAAGGGAUGUGAUGCUGAUGUGGUCAUAUGGGACCCGAAGGCAACCAGGAAGAUCUCUGCAGCUACGCACCACCAGGCUGUGGAUUACAACAUCUUUGAGGGCAUGGAAUGCCACGGUGUUCCCGUGGUGACCAUCUCCAGAGGGAAGGUGGUCUAUGAGAGAGGUCAGCUGAAGACCCAGCCAGGACAGGGCCGCUUUGUCCCCAGACAGCCCUACGCAGAGUUCAUCUACAAACGAGUCAACCAGAGGGAACAGGUGGGACAGCCUAGUCCUGUAAUCAGGAAGCCUUAUGAUGGGGAAAUCAUCGCCUUAUAAAGGAAUGGAACUCAUCAUGAAAUCUGUUUGUUUGUUUUCCAGGUGGGACAGCCUAGUCCUGUAAUCAGGAAGCCUUAUGAUGGGGAAAUCAUCGCCUUAUAAAGGAAUGGAACUCAUCAUGAAAUCUGUUUGUUUGUUUUCCAGGUGGGACAGCCUAGUCCUGUAAUCAGGAAGCCUUAUGAUGGGGAAAUCAUCGCCUUAUAAAGGAAUGGAACUCAUCAUGAAAUCUGUUUGUUUGUUUUCCAGGUGGGACAGCCUAGUCCUGUAAUCAG